AUGUCCUUGUUGGCCAGAAAUUUUGGUAAAGCUUUAAAAAGGGUUGAGAGAAACAACAACAGAGACACACGACGUUGGAGUAAUACAGAAGGAGACAAACCAGGUGGUAGAUCAUCAAAACCAGAUGCUGACUACUCUGGUAAGAGAAAGGAGAUUCAGUGCUAUGAAUGUGGAGGGUAUGGUCAUAUCAAACCUGUAACCAAACGGAAUGAGUUAAAGUGUCUUGAGUGCAAAGGCAUGGGACACACAAAGUUUGAAUGUCCUAACAAAACCAAGUCAAAAGAGAAAUCCCUGUUGAGCUUCAGUGACUCUGAGUCUGCUGAAGAAGGGGAAGAACUGCUCAACUUUGUUGCUUUUACAGUCAGUGGAGAUAAUGUUCCGAUAGGUGCUGAGUCUGAUUCAGAGAGUGACGAAGAAAUUAAUCCUAAGGAGGAAUACAAAAUUCUGUAUGACAGUUGGGUACAACUAAGCAAGGAUAAGCUUAAGCUUAUUCAAGAAAAGCUUACUUUGGAAUCUAAACUUGAAACAGCCUAUGAGGAUGCAACGAAAAAGGUGAACCAUACUCCACUCAAGGCUAAUGAUCAAACAACUGAAGGACUUCUUCAGAAACUGAGCAACCUUCAAGAAGAGUAUUACAAAGAAAAGGGAAGAGCCACAGUACUUGAAAAGGAGUUGAAUAAGAAACACAAGCAUAUCAGGAUGCUGAACAGUGGGACUAAGGAUCUAGACAAGAUUUUGUCCAUGGGAAGAAUAGAUGCCACACACAGAGGUCUAGGGUAUCAAGGAAAUACUGGAACCUCAAGUGAUAUGACAGUUCAACCUGUGAAAUUCGUGAGUGCCAAUCACUUAGAAAAGGAAGCAGGUAUAUUUACUAACUUGAAGAAAGAAAUUUCGGUGAUAAAGAAAUCAGAGGAAAGGCAGAACCAUCCGUUGAAGGACCAUCACAGGAGGGUCAUAAGGAGAAGAACCUAUGGGUGUGAUCACUGUGGUGACAAUCAUCAAAGAAAACACUGUUACAGUUUCAGGAAGAAAAUCAAUCUGUUGUGGAAUCUCAAUAAGUGUUACUUGGAGCCAGGGAAGUUCUGCUCCGUGUGGAUCUCAAAGAAAGAUUUGUAUAGUGAUCUACUUACAGAAAGAUCAAACUUCAACCUAAUAAAGAUGCAUGAAGAAGAUGAUGAGAUCUACAUAAGUUGCAAUCUAAAGGCUUUCACUGCUGUUUCUGGAGAAGACACAACCGAGAAUAUCAGCUUAAGAUGUAAUCUAAGCUUGAUACAACUUGGAGAGGAUGACGAAGAAGCCAAUGUUGCCUAUACAUCUACAGGCUCAUCUGAAGUCAACUCUUGGUACUUUGAUAGUGGAUGCUCAAGACACAUGACAGGAGAUCAAUCAGCAUUAGACGAAUUUACACCUAUUCUAGGUGGAAAAGUCACUUUUGGUGAUGGAGGAAAAGGUCAAAUCGAAGGAAAAGGGGUGAUUGACAGAUCCAACCAACCUAAACUGGCAAAUGUGUAUUUUUUUGAUGGAUUUCGUGCAAAUCUAAUCAGCAUAAGCCAGUUAUGUGAUGAUGGACUUAAAGUCACAUUCACAAAAACGGAAUGCGGUGCAUAUGAUGAAAACGGAAACAAAGUUCUAGCUGGAGUUCGUUCAGGAAACAACUGUUAUAUGUGGAAAGAUUUAGAGAUGUGUCUAUCCGCUACAGUCUCUAAACUUGAUCUAUGGCAUCGACGGCUUGGUCACAUCAACACUCAGAGUUUAGUCAAGAUAGUAAAGGCUAACGUUGUCAGAGGUAUACCAAAGCUUGAUGGAAAAUCUGAUGCAGUCUGCGAUGCCUGCAGUAAAGGAAAACAAAUCAAGGUUACAACACAAGAAAAUCGCUGA